AUGGACGAACUGCGAGGUCGAGUGGCAGGCGCGGUUAUCUUCUCGAAGAUUGACCUGAAGGAAGGUUACAACCUCAUCAGGAUUAAAGACGGCGACGAGUGGAAGACAGCAUUCCGUACGCGGUACGGGCAUUUUGAGUAUCUCGUCAUGCCUUUUGGGCUGGCAAAUGCGCCGGCGACCUUCCAGAACAUGAUGAAUGAUGCGCUGAGAGAAUUCUUGGAUCAAGGUGUAGUAGUAUACCUUGAUGAUAUCCUAAUAUAUAGCAAGUCCCGAGAGAAACACCGGGAGCUGGUCGGCAAAGUACUUAGCAGGCUACAAGAAUACAACCUGGUCGCCAACCCGAAGAAAUCGUUCUUCGAGCUCACCGAAAUCGAGUUCCUCGGAUACAUCCUUGCCCCAGCAGGCGUCACCAUGGCACUGGAUAAGGUUAUAUCUGUUACAAAUUGGCAAGCCCCGCCUAGCGUUAAGAAAGUACAGAUCUUCAUGGGCUUUGCCAACUUCUACAGAAGGUUUAUCCACAAUUUCUCCGGG